AUGUCGUCCGAAGUCGAUGCUCCGACGGAAAGCGAUAUUAUCGAUCAAGAGAUUGAGGCGCUUAAAGAACAAGCCGCCGCAUUGCGCAAGUCCCUCAAAAUCGAAACUUCAACUAUUCUCUCGGCUCCUUCGACGCAGGCUCUCUUAAAAUCGAACAAAGGCUUCUCGUCUCGAAAGCAUUCCGCCCACCCCAAAGUCCACAGCCAGUCCGAAAAGCAAAAAGCUCAUACGCAACAAAAUCUUUACCGCUCCUGUAGCUCCGUCACAGCGUUCAAAGUUUACGACCCCGAUCCUAAUGCAGUCGACAACGGUCAUAUUCUGGGCUUACGAUUCGAAAUAAUGUCCAAAAGCCAGUUCCUACAACCAUACUACGUUUUUCUCAACCGACCGUACUAUAGCUCCAAGUGCAUGCGCAUUCACAGAAAUACACUCCCUCCUGCAAUCCCCAUUGCUGGCUUGGCAGCACGUCAUCUCCCUGCUCCGCGACCCGAGAGCGACACCCCACCACAACAAGAUCUGGAUAGAUUUGUCAGAGCACUGCGACGAGAGAUCGUGCGAUAUCAUAACAGAUUAGGUGUUUCCGCCGAUCUAAGACGGAGCCUGGGCUUGCAUGACAGAAUCGACGAUACCAUAUUACCCGAUGACAUCGUUGAGGUCGGAAUAGCAGAUAUCGAAGCCAAGCAGAUCAGGUUUUCCUGGGCUGAUGAGCGUAGCGGCAGAGUUGUUAUGGAUAAUGACGGCAAGGUUGUCAAGCUUAUGAUGUUUGGCAGAGAGGGCCGUGAUUGGGAGACAACCAAGGAGCUAUAUGGAAAGUACGAGCGCAUCGAGGAUGUGGCCAAGACGCUUCAGGAACAAAUCCGAAGGGCCUAA